UUUAUUCGGUGAGGUAUUCAAACAGUGAGGACAAAGCAGCAGUGAAGAAUUACUUUUCUAAAAAAAAAAAAAGACCUAACUGUAAACAACAGUAAAAAAUAUUUCCCUGCUUUGCAAGAUCCAGGUGCACUGUAUGCUCAUGAAUGCACAUCCCUCUUCAGAGCUCUCUGGCAUAUUGGUUUGGAUAACUUACCCAAUUGAAAAAGCAUAAAUAACACGACAAAAUACAAAUAUAACUUCCAAAUAGAGAAGGAGAAGACAUGAAAGUAUACAAGCUUUAUUAGAGGGAAGGCAGUGGCCAAGUGAAGCAGCUGGAAUCACACUGAAGUGACUCUGAACUCUGCAGAUCAUCUUCCUUCUGCUACAGAGCUCAGAUCCCUGAUUUACAGUGCUUUUUGUUUCAAAGGACUAAGCAAGGUAUGUAGUUAUUGUGGUGGCUUUUAGCCAAAGAAAAUCCUGCUGGCAUUUGAGGAGGGCCAGAAAACACGUGAAGCUUCCGUGGAACAACACUUGAUCAGUGAGUGAGCUCACAGCCAGCAGGAUCCAUGGUGUGCCUGCUGGCUCUGAGGUGUGUCCUGAGACACAGCAGUGGGCAUGGCAAGCAAAGGGUGCAAAUCCAGGCUGAUUUCUCUUCCCUGCAGAGAAAACAGACCAGGAGCAGUAAGGGCUGCCCAGAAAGCCACUCUGCAACAUGACAUUUGAAGAUUUUGAGAACUACUCUUAUUUCUAUGAUCUGUCUGAGGAAGAUGAGUCACCCCAGUCCUCCCUCAGCAUUGCCCACAUUAUUUCCCUUUUCUUUUACAGCGUGGCAUUUCUGCUGGGAGUGCCAGGUAAUGCCAUUGUCAUCUGGUUUAUGGGCUUUAAGUGGGAUAAAUCUGUUUCCACGCUCUGGUUCCUGAAUCUGGCCAUUGCAGAUUUCAUUUUUGUUCUCUUCCUGCCCCUCUAUAUUACAUACGUGGCAAUGGGCUUCCACUGGCCUUUUGGGAAGUGGCUGUGCAAAAUGAACUCAUUCAUUGCACUGCUCAAUAUGUUUGCCAGUGUUUUCUUCCUGACAUUCAUCAGCCUUGACCGCUACAUCCGCCUCGUCCACCCCGUCUUUUCCUACAAAUACAGGACUGUGAAGAACACCCUCCUUCUCAGUGGGGUCAUUUGGAUGUCAGCUGCAAUUAUUGGUGGCCCUGCCUUGUACUUUAAAGACACAACCACAGUUCUCAACAAUGUCACCAUUUGCUACAACAACUUCCACGUGCAUGACAGAGAACUUAUUUUGCUGACGCAUCACAUCCUCAUUUGGGUGAGGCUUGCAUUUGGUUACCUCUUUCCUUUAGUGACCAUGGUUAUUUGCUACUCUCUGCUGAUUGUCAAAGUGAAGAGGAGAACCGUAUUGACUUCUAGCAGGCUUUUCUGGACCAUCACUGCUGUAGUUGUAGCUUUUUUUGUCUGCUGGACACCCUAUCACAUAUUCAGCAUCGUGGAGCUGUCUGCUCACCACGAUGAAAACCUGCAUGACUUACUGCAGGAUGGCAUUCCCCUCUCCACCGGCCUUGGUUUCAUCAACAGCUGCCUCAACCCCAUCCUCUACGUUCUGAUUAGCAAGAAGUUCCAAGCCCAGGUGAAGAGCACGGUGUCUGAGGUGCUGAAGCUGGCCCUGUGGGAGGUGAGCCGCUCGGGCACGGUCAGCGAGCAGCUCUGGAGCUCGGACACCGCGCCCGCGCACCACUGCGAAACUGCCCAGUGACUGCUCCUGCCAGCAGCUCUCCCCAGAGGAGCUGACAGGAGAUUUGGAGGUGUUCUUGGCUUCACAUCUGCCAGUCAGAUGUGCACCUUUGCAUGGACGGUUUUCUGUAAACAGCUGCAUUGCACUUGCUGCUUUAAUGGAAAGGUUUUUGAGGGACGCGUGAUUUGGAUGUGUGCCCUUGCAAUGCACCU